AUGUCAGACCCAACGCGGGAAGCUCUGGUACAACUGAGAAAAACUUUGGACCUAUUGGCUCUUCAGCAACCAGUUUCAACCGAAACUAAGUUGGAAAAAGCACCCGUUACCGAAAAGCCUGUCAAGUCAAAAAAUUACUUCGAGGAAUGUUCCCAAGAGUACAUUGAAUUUACGUACAAGAACCCUACCAUUUACCAUGUGGUGCAGUAUUUCUCGAAGAAAUUGGAUGAGGCAGGUUUCACGUACGUGAGCGAAAAGUCCACAUGGAGCGACGUUAAAAGCGGCAAGUAUUACACCAUUAGAAACGGAACAAACCUGUCAGCGUUCAUUUUGGGUAAAGAAUGGAAGUAUGAGUCUGGUGUGGGCGCUAUCGGCUCACACAUCGACGCACUCUGCGUUAAAUUGAAGCCCGUGUCUCAGAAAGACGAUGUCGAAGGUUGGCAACUACUUGGAGUGGCCCCAUACGGCGGCACUUUAAACACUUACUGGUUUGAUAGAGACCUUGGAGUUGGUGGCAGAGUUCUUGUUAAAGACGAGUCGACGGGAAAAAUCGAGUCGCGGUUGAUCAACUCCUCGCCUCAUCCAAUCGCUAAGAUUCCGUCCUUAGCUGUCCACUUUGGAGAGCCAGCGAUAGGACCUUUUGAUAAAGAGGACCAAGCGGUCCCCGUAAUUGGCUACGCUUCUUCGGACAGCCAAGAAGAUGAGGAGGAAGAGAAUGACACAGAAGACGAGUCCAGAAGCCCUCUAUAUGGUAAACAUCCAAUUGGCUUGCUAAGAUAUAUUGGCUCUUUAGCAAAAGUUAAGGUGAGCCAAAUCAUUCAGCUUGAUCUUGACUUAUUUGACGUACAAAAGGGUACCUUGGGUGGUCUAAAGAAUGAAUUUUUAUUUGCACCCAGACUCGAUGAUCGGCUGUGCAGCUUCUCUGCUAUCCAAUCAUUGAUCGACUUUGCAAAUGAGGGUCCUAUUCCAUCAAAUGCCUUCAACGUCGUGACUUUAUAUGAUAAUGAGGAAGUUGGUUCUCUUUCGAGACAGGGUGCUAAAGGUGGUCUCCUAGAGAGCGUGGUGCAAAGAGUUGUGAACAACCUGCAUGGGUGCGACGCGGCCGCAUUACGUACUACUUUUGCCAAUUCCAUCAUUUUGUCCGCCGAUGUUAACCACAUGUUCAAUCCAAACUUUAAAUCGGUUUACUUGGAACACCACAGACCGAAGCCAAACGUCGGUGUGACGCUUUCACUGGACUCGAAUCUACACAUGUCCACCGACGUGGUUGGGACCGCGAUAGCCGAGGAGCUUGCAAGACUCAAUGACGAUAAAGUCCAAUAUUUCCAGAUCAAAAACAACUCUAGAUCUGGAGGAACCAUUGGGCCUUCAAUUGCUUCGCAAACCGGUGCCAGAACCAUUGACCUCGGUAUUGCACAAUUAUCGAUGCAUAGCAUCCGCGCAGCUACCGGUUCAAAAGACAUUGGGUUGGCUAUCAAGUUCAUGAAAGGGUUUUUUACCAACUGGAGAUCAGUUUACGACAGUUUUGGCGAUUUAUGA